CUUCAACCGCCGACGUAACUGCACUUGCGCGGUUCAUCAAUCAAUAAAUAGUUUUACGUCCCUGGGAAAUAAAGUGUGCCGUCGAGAACCCUUUGCACGAAGCAUUCUUGCAAAGAAGUUCUUAUCGUCACGCGAGUGAACCUGUUGAGUGUGCGAUCAAGUGAAAGAUUAGUGAUAAUGAACAGCGACGAAAGUUUUAACAAUAGGAAGCAGAAACUCAGUAAUAUCAUUAAGAAGAUUACGGAGAGCCAGCUGUUGAAGACGCAAGGAGACCCCAACGCGCGUUCCCUUAGACAGGACUGUAGCUUCGGGAUGACCACCAAAGUCCGAGACUCAGAUGCUAAUAAGGGGAUCCAGAUGACACAUCUCAGCGAUAAAGAGAAGACUCACGUAGCUGGGAGCAGUAGCAGCAGACUGGACUUGCCGGGGCCGAGCUCUGAGGAUGCAGCUUGCAUGCCACCACCACCACCCCCAGGGCCUCUGGGUAGCACGCAGACCCGUCUGUAAGCCUGUAAACUUCAGGAGCUUCUUAUCCUACGCCCGGCAACGCUUGGAUGGACAUAGAAAAGUAAUAAUCUCUAUAAUUUACUUCCAAUUGUCAUAUAAUGUGUUAAUGUACGUAUUUUUAAUUAUUAUUAUUAAUUACGGCAUCACCAUAAAGCCUUGGCGAGAUUGUAUUACUCAGGUAUACGAUCGCAGUAGUUUGUAUUAUUUAAAAUAGACGCCAGAGCGAUUAAUAUUUAAUGUAUGUUUUGCGGUACUAAUGUUGUGAGAAUAAGAAUAAGGAUGGCGAUACAGCAGUCAGUAUGAGCUGUGGUUGUCAUAUUUAGGCUCUAAAGCUCAGCGUUAUGAGACCCUCGAAUUAGACGAGUGCUUGGUUGGUGGUUGUACAUAAGAAAUAAUAAAAACUAAGUAAUCCGAGUGUUCUUUUCCAAAUUUUUAUUCGAGCUCACAUUCUUAUAAAUUUAUUCUUUAAAAGGUUCCUAAAAGAUUAUUUUUGCACUUAAAGAAUCACCCUUUUACACAAUUAGUUUAGAGGAUUAGACAUCCUUUUAAAAAAUAAAGUUAAAUUCGCCAUUCCUAUUCAUAUAAUGAUUGAUUGAUUUGAGUGAUGUAAUUAUAUUUAGUGUUGAAAUAUCCCCGUUUAAACAUUGCUUUCGCCUGGAAUGGAGUCGCUCUGAAAUUGUACUAUUUAAUAAUUUAAUAUUAAGUAAGCAUUUCCCGGCUAUGUGUGUUAGUUAGGUUUAUAUUUUUAAUCUACAGGGUGAUUUCGAAGCUAAUCGAAAUAAUUUUGCUCAUCUUUACAAACGUUGAUUUUAAUCUGUUAUCUUAAAUGUGUAAGUGUAACUUUUAGUGAAUUUUCUUCUGUUAGAUACAAAUGCAACCUUUAUGAAAGAUUGAGCAGUAAAGACCACUUGAUCGAUCUUUCCUAUUUUUUGAGAAUGUGUAAGUAGGCUCAAGUUAACAUUACACCAACGUCUACGUAUUUUUAUGAUACCUACGUACUAAGAUAAUUAUGAGGUAAUAACUCUCUCUUGGAUUAAGUGUAUGAUACACUACCCUUAGCCAGUAGGUGUUCAAAUUGGUGAACAAAUUGUAAUACCGUCACUAACCUUGCAAAUAAAGAGCACUGGCGACUGAACAGCCUGCACCUAUCCUAUAUGAAUUAAAUAUUUAUUUGUAGGAGUAAGUGACGUCCUGGUUGAGCUUAAAAUUAAUUAUAAUGAUUUGCGUAGUAAGUGUUAUUUAAAAAUAUAAUCAUUCUAAGUGCUUAUUUGGUAUUAAAUGUGAAUUGUUUAGUUUAGCUUAAGGUUAAAAGAUAUUAUGGUAAUUUAGACGAACGUCGUUCCUAGGUGUUAAUAGGGACAUUCCAUGAAUGUCUUAUCAUAAGUAUUAUUAUACGCCAUCCUGGAGUUGCUUGGAGCCCCUUGGUUUAUCCCAUUAAUAAUAUGGAUAAAUGUAGUUCAACGUUCAAUGACUCUUUCCAAUAAUAAUAAUAAUAAGUGUUUAAUGAUAUUUCUCAAUAGUAAAUGUCUGAAUGUUCUUCCAGUCAUCAUCUUUUUAUAGACUUUACCUUUCAUCUUGAACAUAAAUUCAAAAACUCGUCUAGUCAUAAUAAUAUUCAGAAAUGUGAUGAUAAUGAAAAAGGAUUUUCUGAGAAUAUUUUCUUAAAAAUGUUGGACAAAUCUGCUGUUUGAUUAUGUGACAUUACAUUAGGUACAUCAUAUUCAUAAAACUGAGGUUUGAUACAGUUUCCAUGGAGGACGUAAGCCAUUAAUACUGCCUAUACAUUCCUAUUAAAUAUUUGCUAAAAAUACAAUUUACCAAUACAUAUAAAUGUCUCCUUAUCAAAUUUGGAUCUUUGCAUUUUAUAUACUGAACUACACAUUUUACAUUAUCCUGUGGAAUCAGUCGGCAUUUUUGAUAUUCUAUUUUUCUCAAAGUAUUGUAUUUGUAUUUUAAGAUUUUCCGAUAUUGAUGUUUGUUGGAUUUAUUGUAACGACUAUCUUAAGCCGUUCACACAAAAUUGUAGUUUCGGAAUAAAAUUAAAUGAAUAAAUAUCACACGAGUUUAAUUUAAAACAUUUUAUAUUAUGUUAAGCGUUAUCUACUAAAUAAUAAUCACCUACAGCUUUUCAUUUACCUAAUCAAAAUGAUUAGGUAAAUGAAAGAUAAAUAUGAUAUAUAAAUGACGUAAAAUGAA